AUGUCCUUAUUCGGCGAAUCACCAGAUCGCCCAAACGGAGGCUUCGCUCAGAACUCCAAGUCCUCUCUAUUUGCGGACGAGCCGGCUACGGGCGGCUCCUCGUUGUUCGCCGAUGACGACGGCGAUGACAGCUCCUCUCCUUGGAACAUCCAGAAUAACACCGCGAAACGAACCGCUCGGCGCGACCUUGCCCGCACUCUGCUUCCAAAUUCAGAUGUACCAGAAAGCUACAUCGAUGCAUACGAUUUGAUCUUGAAUAGCGGGGACAGGGUUGGCUCUGGGAUUGGGUUGACUUCGGUCCGGGAGAUUCUUUCGAGCAGCAAGCUGUCUGCAACGGACCAAAGCAAGAUCUUGAAUCUUGUUUCAUCUGGUGACCAUGAAAGCUUUGGCGGGCUUGGUCGUGGCGAGUUCAAUGUGCUGUUAGCUCUGGUCGGUCUAGCGCAAGAAGGAGAAGAUCUCUCCUUCGAUGCAGUGGACGACCGUCGCAAAAAAUUACCCCAACCAAAAGCCGAUUACCUUGACAAGCUACGUACGACUGGUGACGCGCCUUCUGAACAAUUAGACGCGCGACCGGCAACCCCUCCGUCUCAAGAUCCUCCCUUGCCAACGCCGGGCUCGGCGCGAUCACAAAUAUCCCGGCGUGAGUCCUUGGGUGGGUUGGAAGCUGACCCGUGGGGCAGUCCACAGCUACAUCGGGGCCACAACCAUGCUGCAGGCGGCGCUGAUUCACGUAUAUCAAAUAAUUUCGGAAGCGUCCGGUCUACCGCAAACGCCUGGUCUACCCAUGUGAACGAAGAGCCCAUUCCCAGUGUGCCCCAGCAUGGGCAUGCUAACGGCCAGGCGGCGGUUGCGCCACCCAGUAGUGCUGGGUCAGGAUGGGGGAAUAAUAAUCCUAGCGGUCCAAGCCAGAGUGACGAAAGCAGCUUUGGAGGUACACAGCGCACAGCUCUAGGUGGGUUUGGUCAUCCAGGAGAUGGCCCAAACCCACUCGCACCCGCGCCACGGCGUCGAUCUCUAGGCCUCGGCCGUAGCACAACAAACCCACAGGUAGAGGAGGUUGUCACUGUUUCACUGCUCCCCGAAAAAGAAGGGCUGUUUAUGUUCCAGCACAGGAACUAUGAGGUCAAGUCAGCUCGCAGAGGUAGCACGGUCAUUCGUCGCUAUAGUGAUUUCGUUUGGUUAUUGGACUGCCUCCAGAAGCGGUUUCCCUUUAGGCAAUUGCCUCUUCUUCCACCAAAGCGUGUUUCAGUCAAUGGCACUCACCUUUCAGCGGAUUCAUCAUCUUUCCUCGAACGGCGCCGACAUGGCCUCGUCCGAUUCACCAACGCCCUCGUCCGUCAUCCCGUUCUCGGCCAGGAACAACUGGUUGUCAUGUUUCUGACAGUCCCCACGGCAAGUCCUGAGCUUUCGGUAUGGCGUAAGCAAGCCACAAUCUCGGUCCAGGACGAAUUCGUCGGCCGUACGCUCCCGCCAGAUCUCGAAGAAUCACUGCCCAAUGAUCUCCUUGACACAUUCGAGACAGUGCGCAGUGGGGUCAAGCGGUCUGCAGAUAUCUAUUUUAAUCUAUGUACUUUGCUAGAACGACUGGCUAAGCGCAACGACGGCCUGGCGGCGGACCAUCUCCGGUUCUCUCUUGCUCUGCAGUCCCUGACUGAAGUCACCAAAGACACGUACGCUGUGGAUACCAAUGACAUUCCGGCUCUGAACGAGGGGAUCGUUGCUACCGCUCGUCACCUAUCUACCAGCCAGAGUCUAUUGGAAGAUGAGGCUCGGGGGUGGACCGAGGGAGUUCUGGAAGAUCUCAAGCGGCAACGUGAUUGCCUCUUCAGUGUUCUUGAGAUGUUCGAUCGACGGGAUCGGUAUGCACGGAACAACAUCCCGCAGCUGGAGCGACGAAUCGAGACGAACGAGCAGAAAUUGCAGGACCUCCACGCCAGACCCGCAGGAACCGUCAAGCCUGGGGAGAUUGAGAAGGUCGGGGACUCUAUCCACAAGGAUAAGGCAACCAUUGUUGAGCAGCAUGCCCGGGGUGUCUUUAUCAAGGAAUGCAUUCGAGACGAACUUAUUCACUUCCAGCAGAGCCAAUACCACAUCAGCCGUCUGCACCAGGACUGGAGCCAGGAGCGGGUCAAGUACUCCGAAUUGCAGGCGGACAACUGGCGUGGCUUGAGUGACGAAGUCGAGGGGAUGCCGACGGGCGUAUAG